AUGGGGAAAAGCAUCCACCAAGACUCUGCUAUGUACAUCAAUGAAUCCCUAACCCAGUAUCGCAGUGAACUCUUUGGAAGGGUAAACAAAUUCAAGAAGGAAAACAAGUACAAAUUCCUAUGGACAAUAAUGGUAAGAUCUAUCUACGUAAACAUGAAACCUCACAGACAUUUACAUUUACAACAUUUGAAGAAUUUGAAGACUUCAUUGCUCCAUCACAAUGAAACUUUAAUAUCUGGUUAAUACUCCUUGUAGUAACUUAGUAGUUAUUUAACCCUUUAAGUCCCAAUAGUGACCAACAUCAAUUUUCUCCUAACAAUAUCCAUACAAUGUCAAGAGAUUAGGUUAUGAGAAUUAAUAAAAUGAUCACCUAUGAGAAAAUGCUUUGAUCUUUUAUCAAAUUCUCUCAACUCAUUCUUUAAGGAAAUGUAUAGAGAUCAGUUUGGAGAAUUUGUGCAUGUAUAUUGGGGCUUAAAGGGUUAAUAAUGGCUUCUUCAGAUGAAAGGGAAUUUAGAUUUGUACUUGGUUCUGGUAAUGUCAGUGACUUCAGCUUCGAGCUCUUACACGACCUUUUAUAUUGCUUUGAUAAUAUACCUGAUGUAAUUGCUGUAACUGAAACUAGAAUUAAUUGUAACUCAUCAGCAAACAUAGAUCUUCCUAACUACAAAUUUUACAAAUUUUUACUGCUAGUGGUGUUGGUAUUUACAUCUCAUCCUCCCUAAAAGAAAUUCAUAGGUCAGAUUUAAGCUUUAAUUCUGUUCAGGCAGAAUUCUGCUGGAUUGAAAUCUUACAGGAACACAAACCUAGCAUAAUUGUGGGAUGUAUAUACAGGCACCCCUCGUCUAAUCUUGCUAAUUUUAUAUCUCAACUAGAAAACCUCGUCAGUCCUUUAAACCAAUCCCGGGGAUCAAUCUUGAUCCUUGACCCCAUGAAAAUUUUUUGAUCCCCGGUUUCAAUAUGGGUUGAAUUAGCUGAAUAUCAUAUAAAAACUACAGCUGAAACUAGACGCCUCUAGUCGUGCAUCACCAUCUAACUAUCCCUCUAGACUACUCAUACUAGUGUGCGUAGCUGCUGGGGCGUAGCCUGAGAUCUUGAAGGUGUACGAUGCGGUGAUGAAGAUUUGCAGCACCGAAGGAGGCCCAGCCUAGGGGAGUCAGGGGGCAUGCUCUUCCAGAAAAUUUUCUAAUUUAGGGUCUCAGAAAUGCUAUUUCCAGCAUUUUUUGCAUUGAUUUGCUACGCAGGAAAAUGCAGUUAGUUAGUUAUUGUUUUUGUGGAAUAAUAAAAGGAUAACCGAGUAAUCACUAACAGAAAGUCACCAAUAUAGUGCCAACGAGGUGUCAGUCAUCUCGAUUUUCAAGUGAUAAAAAUGCUUUUUCAGGAAAUAAUUUUUAUUUUCUUAUCUUAGCUGUACGGGCGCAUGUGCGUAUAUGGACGCUACGCUCUUCAGUAGCUCCUGUUCCAGCAAAAUAAGAUCUAAAUGAGAUCUGAUUGGCUUGACCAGCGAUCAAAGUAGCUACAGAAUUCUACACGACCAGGAUGAUAAGACAAUCCCUAUCACAACAGGCGUAUGAACAACAACGGCUUACAAUGCUAGGAAUCUGGCUUCACAAUUUUGCAUCCAUUUAUUUCUAGAUUUAUGGGGAUUUUGUUUCGUGGAUUUUGGACGAUUCGGCUAGAUCGGAUUGCAUACAGUUUAGUACCGGAUCCAAAUGUUACAGCAAAAAUACAACUGAAUUUUAAAACGUUGGCAGGUCCCUCCAAUUAAGGCCCAUUUCAGAAUUUUGUGGUCUUGGUUGUUAUAUCCGAAGGAGGAACCGGAUCCCUGAUCCCCUUUCAGUACUACUGAUCCCGAUCCCACGGCUUGUGAUCCCAGAUCCCGGCGCUGUGAUCCCUGAUCCCGUAUACCUCGUAACGACCCUGCAAUCCACGCAUCAGGUCUUUAUCCUAGGGGAAAUGAAUAUUGACUUUCUGAAAGUAGGUACACAUUCCAAACUGAAGACUACCUUGAUAUGCUAUACAGUAGUAACCUCCUCCCAGUCAUAACAAAACCUACUAGGAUCACAAACCAUACCGCAACUCUUAUUGAUCAUAUUUACACAAAUGCCUCUACUGACCAAAUCAUACCUGGUAUUGUAACCACUGACAUAUCAGACCACCUGCCCACUUUCUGUUUCAUUAGAAGACAGAUAACAAGGCUAAAACCAAAGAGAUUCUUCAGGGACUAUUCAAAUUUUGACUCUAAGACCUAUCUGAAUGACAUAAAGUCAGUUGACUGGAGUAGCAUCCUAAAUGAUCCAACCGACAUCCACACUAAAGCCAGCAGCUUUGUCGAAAAACUUAAAGGCAUAGCCAGUAAACAUGCGCCAAUUAAACGCAUACUCCGCAGCCGAUAUACUUUUAAACAUAGAUAGCAUUUUUAAACUCAAAAUCUCCUUGCUAGCUCACAAAAUCUCACAAAAUGAAGCCAAUAUUCCCGAAGUGUUUCGAAACUACCUUGUGAAAGUGUCUGAUAUUCACUCACACAAUACCAGAUAUGCCUCAAAUCUUAACUUUCACGUACCACGUGUAAGGUCAAAUUACGGCAAACACACAUUUAAGUUUGCCAUAACCAAAACUUGGGAAGAGAUUCCUACUAAGAUAAAAACACUUAGCUACCACAAGUUCAAAAAAGAAUGUAAGCGAAUUCUAGUUAACUGUCAAAGAUAACAAUUGUAAUAUGACUGUCUCACAUACCGUAAAAUUCCGAAAAUAAGCCUUCUACCCAAGCCAUUAAUUUUCUUUUUUUUCCUUCUUCUUCUACUUUAUUACUGUAUUCUUACCUUACUAUAUGUAAUGUUAAUAUUUUAUAAAGUGUGAAUAAUAAAAUUGAAUUGAAUUGAAUAGGGUCACGCAAUCUCCACCACGAAAAUUCACUGCUAGGUCUAUUUCCGUCUAAAAAGUAUUGUUAGCAUUGAGAAUGUGUAUUUGUUCUUUGAUCUGAAGCAUAGACAUUUGGUGAUAUGCUUUAGGGGAAAAUAGUCCCUUACUGGCUCUUAAGAAGGUCACCUAGCAUUUUUGGGUAAGCCGAAAUAGUUGGGUGACUAGUUCGUCGAAGGUAACGUUCAUCUAGCAAUUUCUGAAAUGAAGAGUCCAUUCCCUAAAAUUUCCGGGCACUUCAAUUUUUAGGUAGGAAAUCCGAACAGAUUAAAUUUUUCUAGCUGAUAAAAACAAAAAGUUACAAAAGAAAUGUCCCUCAAAGGUCUUUUUUUGCUUAAUUUGCUCGUUGGAUGACCCCGAAGAAUACGACACUAAUGAUUAGGUGUUUAGAUCUUAACAACCUCUACCUUAACAACCUCAUGUUGGGUCCUGUGCCGCAGCAUCUCGACGUCUCGGACUACAAAGUCUAUAAGACUCUUUGUUCUUUGAAGACAAAGAAAUCACCUGGUCCGGAUGGAAUCCCUAUUGUUGUAUAGAAAGAAUUCGCCUUUGAGCUUUCCCCAUCUCUGGCGGAUAUCUACAACUCGUCACUGGAACAGGGUUACUUUCCAACGCAACUGAAGCAAGCCAUUGUGGUCCCAGUUCCAAAGCUUCGACCUCCAAAGUCUGUAGAAAAUGACUUGAGACCCAUCUCACUGACCUCUCCGAUAGCCAAAAAACUAAGCAAUUUGCUCUUCCUGGUCGCUCGACGACUGAGGGUACCAAACUCGCCCCCCUGCUCUUCUGCAUUCUAGUAAAUGGAAUGGCAGCUAAGUGUAAAAGCAGAGUCAAGUAUGUAGAUGAUGCUACUGCCAUGGAAAUCAUCCCUAGGUGAUCGCCGUCUUACCUACCUUUAACAGUAUCCGAUAUCUAUGCAUAUGCUUCCUUUAGAGGCAUGAAACUUAAUUCAAAGAAAUGUAAAUAAAUGAUCAUUAACUUUAUGCAGUAUAGCCCAUUCCCCCCCCUGUCCCCCUUACCGUUGGGGGUUCUGUUAGCCCAGUUUGGGCUGCCCAGCCAAAGUAUUUAGAGGACACUAUAGAAUCUGUACAAAAAAGGGCCCUACGCAUCGUUUUGCCUCAUUGUCACUAUGACGACGCCCUAAUUCAGUCUGGCAUCACUGCCCUUUCCCAGAGAAGGGAGGAAGCUUGCACAAAUUUUAUCAAGUGUGACUGCCUGCCGUCUCCGGUACUCAAGCCAUUAUUCCUUGUGUGUCAAUUGACAGGCCAUACUGCCUCCGUUCAGGCGAACGUGUUCCGGUGCGCCUUGUCCCCAAGACAAAGCGGUUCGCGGAUUUCUGCACCAUUAAGUUUCAAGACCUGUUUUAAUCCUGUGCUCUGUUAUUUUUUCUCUGUUAUGUAGUGCUUUUAAUCAUAUUUGCAUAAUUAUCUAUUUGAUUGUCUUUGUAUUGUAUUUUCUUCUGUUAUUCUCACUGACCGUCCUUGUAAUUCAGCCUUUGGGCUGCGAGAGGGAUAUCAAUAAACUAUUACAAUCACUAUUACUAUAACACUACUUCUUUAUCAAAAUGGCCUCAGUCAAAUGUGUCCUUUUCAAAUCCCUGAUAUUUAAUUUUUUUUAAAUACUUUAUCGACAAGCAUAAACUGUAUUCAGUGGACCGAAAGCAAGAGAACAUUUUAAGGGAAAUUUCCCAUGUCACUUGAUAGGGUGUUUAUCCUCCUAGUAUUGACGUUUUCGUUCGAUCCGAAAGCGAAAGAGGAAGAGGGGAAUUUCCCCAUGCCAGGAUAUUUAAUAAUUAUUCCACGAGAGCGUGUUGGAUAUGAGAUGGUAAAUAGCCAACGAGGCGUCGAAUCGGCUAUAACCAACCUCAUAUCCAACAAUCACGAAUGGAAUAAUUGUUUCAUGUCAGCUAGCAAUUACUUGGCGCAAUCAGUUUCCAGAUAAGGUCGUAAGGUAUAUUUAACAAUUAUUCUACGAGGGCGCGCUGGAUAUGAAGUGACAACGCACCGAGUUGGUUAUAAUCAUUUUAAAUCCAGCAAGCCCGAGUAGAAUAAUUGUUUUAUUAAAAACUCCAGGAUAAACAACUCUUCCAUGUUUAUUUUAUUCUAUUUUAUUUUUACUUCUCAGAGCUGCAAAAAUGUUUUCAGCUUGCUUUAUUGAUGACGCGUUCCUUGACCAUAUUAGGUACGGCAGGUAUAUGAACUGAUAGCCUGAGUCCGGCGAGCCAAUGAAAAUGCUGGAAAUCUGAUAUCAGUAAUUCAGUUCUUAAUAAAAGCUGAUAACACUUCAAUUCUUUAGCUUUGUUGUAGUUUUUUUUAUGUUGUUCUACACUUGUAAGUGGUUAUCGUGAUGUUUUAGUUUAUUUUAUGAGCAUCUGAUGUGUCAUGACAUUGUCUAAAAUUGUGUGACAUAGCCCCUUUAAACGAGUCCUUUUCAAACCAUAUUAAUUUUAUCGAUAGACACAGCAAGGCUCUCCUUUAUGGUCAUAUUUUGUGAAAAUAAAAUUAUUUAGUGGUCUUUGUUACAAAAGCGAUGAUCACAGCUGUAGCGGCAGCAAACUAUUGAUGGCUUACUCUCAUUUUUUAACUUAGAUCCUAUUGUGUCUAAGCAACAACUGUACGGCAAGUGCAAUGGCAUAUAUGGAAGGAUUUGUCCAUCUUGCUAACGGGGCCAAAUGCAUUCAGUGUGACAACAGCGAUGCAUCAAAAUUUCGGCGUUACUAUGACGGUGAUGAGCUCCUGGGAGCGUUUUGUGUAAAGUGUGAAUGUGAAUACUUGAAAGAAGCUUUACUCGUAUCACCCAGUAAAGAGAACUGCCUUUACCUCGGGAAGGAAAAUUUUUACAAGAAGACGGUAGCUAUUGACACGACGGAUAGCAGUGUUUACAUGGUGCAUCCAGCCAGAACAGAGAUAACCAAUCUAAGCCUGUGUGCAGAUUACCUCAAACCUGGGGACCACAUCGCUUGGAAAAGGCCAUACGUGAUAUGGCAUCACGCACUGGUCACAGCUGUAGACACUGAAAGAAAUAAAGUUCGAGUGAUUCACUGGAGUAGUCAAAAGGGAGAGAGGGCGCAAAUUACAGAGGAGCUGAUUGACUUGAAAAAGGAACGUGGGAAUCUCUACCGUAUGGAUUACAGUGAAGAAGUAAUAAAGGAGAAUCCGCCCCGCCUUGUUUUAGCCAGGGCUCGUUCACGACUCGGUGACAAAGGCUACGACCUCUUUAGAGAUAACUGCGAAUCGUUUGCGGCAUUCUGUAAAAAGGGAGUGGAAAGAAGUCAACAGGUUCGCUGGCUACGGAAAUGGAUGGUUGAUCAAUUAAAAAAAGCUCUCGGUUCACUUGCCGGGAAAUCAUUGCAACUCCUAAAGGCGUCCCUCCUUCCACAAACUGUUAAGGUGAGUACCGCAGAAGCAGUAGAGAAAGUAGCUAACAACCUCCAAUGGAUUGGUUUUGGUCUUGUGGUUGCCAUCGAAGGUGUAAUAACAAUUAUCGACAUCAAAAAGUUGUACAGAGAAAGAAAAGAUGGCAAUCUAACAAGAAAAGUUUUCAUUGAGGAAGUCACAAAACGAGUCACCGAUGCGAUACUUGUUAGUGGACUGGCGGCAGCUGGUGGUUUGGUGGCUGGACCAGCUGGCAUCUUUGUGGGGAUAAUUGGUGGAAUGUGUGGAAAACUUGUCGGUUCCUGGCUUGGACCCAAAAUUGGUCGAGCAAUAACGAAGUUCAUAAAGACAGAUGACAAAGCAGUAAAAGACAUCACAAAGUUACAAACUGGAGACCACAUAGUUUCGUACCGCCACUUUGCUCAUCCAAGGCAUCAUUGCAUCGUUUUAUGGCACGACGGAAUAUCCAAAGUCAAUGUUAUACACAACACUUUUCAUGACGGCGUAAAACAAGAAUGGAUAGACUUUGUCGAUCCAGUGUACAAAGUCAUCUACGACGAAAAGGACUGCCAUUCUGCCAAUGAAGUUUUGGCAAGAGCUGUUUCUAAGCUUGGAGAAAGCUCCUACGAUUUGAUAACCUACAACUGCAAACAUUUUGCCACAUGGUGCAAGAAACGCUAA